AUGCUUUCUUUUCAUAUAAUAGCAGUGAUAUCUGUCUUACUGCUUCUCCCUUUGGUUCUAUGUGCAGAGGACUACUACAAGAUCCUCGGGGUGGACAAGUCAGCAUCAGACCGGGACAUCAAGCGCGCAUAUCGCACGUUAAGUAAAAAGUUCCAUCCGGACAAGAACCCAGGCGAUGAAUCCGCAAAGCAAAAGUUCGUCGACAUCGCCGAAGCGUACGAAGUAUUAUCUACAUCGAGUUCACGCAAAAUCUACGAUCAGUAUGGCCAUGAGGGUCUAGAACAACACAAGCGGGGUGGAGAUCGUGGAGGCGGCGAUCCUUUCGACCUCUUUUCUCGGUUUUUCGGUGGUGGUGGGCAUUUUGGACACGGUGGCGGUCACCGCAAAGGCCCCGACAUGGAAGUCAAGCUCCAACUACCGCUUCGCGAUUUUUACAUCGGCCGUGACGUUGAUUUUAGCAUCGAGAAGCAGCAAAUCUGUGAAACGUGCGAAGGGACGGGCUCGGCUGAUGGCACGGUUGAGACGUGCAAUAAGUGCGGAGGACGUGGUAUAGUUAUUCAGAAGCAUAUGAUCGCGCCAGGGAUGUUCCAACAGAUUCAGUCACACUGUGACAAGUGCGGCGGCAAGGGAAAAUCUAUCAAGAAGCCAUGCCCCAUCUGCCACGGCCAACGGGUUGUUCGAAAGGCGAGCUCCAUCUCGGCAACAAUCGAGCCUGGUAUGUCCAAGGGGACAAGACUGACGUUUGAGAAUGAGGCCGACGAGAGCCCCGAUUGGGUUGCGGGCGACCUGGUCGUGAUCCUCGACGAAAAGGAACCUGAGCUCGGCGCAAACGACGAGGAGCGGACGGACGGGACGUUCUUCCGUCGCAAGGGCAAGGAUCUAUUUUGGAAAGAGGUGCUGUCGCUGCGAGAGGCUUGGAUGGGUGAAUGGACUCGAAAUAUCACGCAUCUCGACGGGCAUAUAGUCCAGCUAAGCCGCAAGCGAGGCGAGGUUGUCCAGCCGCUUUCUGUAGAGACGGUACAGGGUCAGGGUAUGCCGGUCUACCACGAUGGUCAUGUACAUGAACAUGACGAAGGGGAAGAUCAUGGAAACCUGCUGGUGGAGUAUACUGUUGUCCUGCCGGACCAGAUGGAGAGUGGAAUGGAGAAAGAUUUCCACGCGUUGUGGGAGAAAUGGCGUCGGAAAAAUGGCGUUGAUCUUCUCAAAGACUCUGGUCGUCCAUCGCCACCAGCAGAAGAC